AUGGCCGAUACCUUGGAGAUCCCUAUACGGCCUGGCCUGCUGACAACCGAUUUUUUGCAGCAAAUUUUGCGUCCUGCAUUUCCAUCGCAUCGUGUAAUUACCUUUGAGUGGAAACCCAUGAAUCUUGGAGUGAUUGCAGAGGUGGUGAUCAUUGCAGUCGAGUUGGAAUCUGACGACGGUUGCAACGAUGCAAAGAGGAUGCAACGACGCUUUGUAGGGAAGUUUCUGCGGCCUGAAUUGUCAUUUGAAUCCAUGUUUACGGUAGAGUCCAAGUUCUAUAGUGAGUUUGCCACAAAAGCAGGCAACGCAGCAAUGAAGAACUCGGCGGCCGUCGUGGGAUUCCCGUUUGCAAUUCCAGCUGCAAUCUUUACGUCAAAUGUGCUGAUUGUGUUGGAGUGUGUGGAGUCAGUGAAGACAUUUACGUGUGUAGAGGGAAGUCCACCGCACCUUAUCCCAAUGCUGAUGACGAAACUAGCUCAGAUGCACACUCGUUACUGGGGUUACAACUGUGAUGGGCUCGCAACGCCAGCGGGAAUAGGCAGCCAGCUGACAGGUAAAGAAAAACGUUUGCAGUUUCCAAGUUGCUGGAAAGAUUACGUGGAUGAGGUUCUGCUAAAAAGUAGCGAGAAAGCUCAACUGACAGCACUGUGCCAACAUUUGAGUAACAAACCUGACCUGCUCCAAGUGGUGCACAAAAUGGUCGACUAUGGACCUUCUUCAUUGAUCCACGGUGACUUUCACAUUGCUAAUAUACUUUUACCAACGGAUGAUGACUCGAAGGAGGUCACGUGGCUCGUGGAUUGGGCGACGUGCGGUCAGGGAAAUCCUCUACGUGAUCUCGCUUUUUUCUUCAUCGUCAGUGUCCGCGCAAGUCAUCGCCAAGAACAGGAAGACCAGUGCUUAAAGGUAUAUCAUAAGGCACUGGUAACAGAAGCGGGUGUUGCGCGGCUGUCAUUUGAUGAGCUGCUUCGGCAGUAUAAAAUGUGCGUGCUCAAUCAGUUUUUAAUCUUGGUCGUCUACGACAGCCUUAGCAAAAGUUUUGCAGCAAAUGCAAAGACCGAGAAUCUUCAAGUGGAGCUGAGCGCUCAUUUUAAAGAGGUAAAUCACCGUGCGUGCUUGAGUGUCUUGGACAACGUUGGCGACAAAGAGAUCGAGUUUCUAUCUACCCAUGCUGACUACCCUACAGGUUUCCUAUAA